AUGGCCGACACAAUCACCGAAGGAACGGCUAAGCUCCAGCUUGAUGAGGAGACGGGGGAGAUGGUCUCGAAGGCCGAAUUGAAGAAAAGAUUGGCAAAACGUGCGAAGAAAGCAGCACAAGCAAAAGCAAAAUCGGAAGCACCAUCUAAAGAAGCUGCUGCACCUAAGCCUAAGAAAGCAGAAGAGGCCAAAGCAGCAGAGCCAUCAAAUGUAUUCGCUCAGGGAUUCCUCUCAGAAGUGUACAAAGAGCGUCCCGUGAAACCAGUCUUCACUCGAUUUCCACCAGAACCUAAUGGAUACUUACAUAUUGGUCAUGCCAAAGCUAUUGCGGUCAAUUUUGGAUUUGCUAAAUAUCAUGGCGGCCAAUGUUACCUGAGAUUCGACGAUACCAAUCCUGAAGCAGAAGAAGAGAAGUAUUUCACAGCGAUAAAGGAAAUGGUUUCAUGGUUAGGCUUCACACCUUACAAGAUUACACACUCAAGUGAUAAUUUCGAUAAGCUCUACGAGAAGGCAGAGGAACUCAUCAACUUAGGAGGGGCCUACGUCUGCCACUGUGGUGAUGCCGAAAUCAAAGCUCAGCGAGGAGGUGAGGCACGAGGCCCAAGAUUCAGAUGCGAGCAUGCGAACCAAUCCGUCGAAGACAACCUGAGAAAGUUCAGAGCUAUGCGAGAUGGCGAGUAUAAACCUAGGGAGGCAUUCUUGCGCAUGAAGCAGAACAUUGAGGAUGGAAACCCUCAGAUGUGGGAUCUGGCAGCAUACCGCGUGCUGGAUGCCAAGCAUCAUUUAACAGGAGACAAGUGGAAGAUUUACCCAACAUACGACUUUACUCAUUGUCUUUGCGAUAGUUUUGAGAACAUCACACAUUCACUUUGCACGACCGAGUUUAUUCUAUCAAGAGUAUCAUACGAAUGGUUGAAUAGUACUCUGAAAGUAUAUGAACCGAUGCAGAGAGAAUAUGGUCGAUUAAGUAUUACGGGUACUGUCCUUUCAAAGCGAAAGCUCAAGAAACUUGUAGACGAGAAAUAUGUCAGGGGUUGGGAUGACCCAAGACUAUACACCUUGAUCGGAAUUAAAAGACGCGGUGUCCCUCCUGGAGCUAUUCUUGAGUUCAUUAACGAACUUGGUGUAACGACAGCUCCUACCAAUAUUCAACUCUCUCGUUUCGACCAGAGUGUUCUUCUCGAUCCUGUACCUGUCAUCAUCGAGGAUGCCGAAGAAUUGGAGCUUGAUAUUCCAUUCUCAUCUAAAGUACCUGCAAUGGGCAGCCAUAAGGUCAAGUUGACUAAAACUGUUUAUAUUGAGAGGAGUGAUUUCAGAGAAGUUGAUAGCAAAGAUUAUUUCCGUCUCGCUCCUGGAAAAUCCGUCGGCUUACUCCACAUCCCAUAUCCUGUCAAGGCAAUCUCAUUCUCCAAAGAUGGAGACAAGGUCACAGAAAUUCGAGCUGUCUACGACAAGGAGGUCAAGAAGCCCAAGACUUACAUCCAUUGGGUUGCAGAGGGCUCAAAGAAUGUGGAAGUUAGAAUAUUCAAUUCGCUUUUCAAGAGUGAAAAGCCAGACGACGCUGAAGGUGGCUUUUUGAACGAUAUUAACCCUGAUAGCGAGGAAAUUUGGCCUAAUGCUCUUAUUGAAUCUGGAUUUGACGAAGUACGAAGACGAGCUCCAUGGCCAGAAGCUGCUGGAGAAUCAGAGCUUGGAAAGGGAGGUCCUGAAUCUGUCAGAUUCCAAGCCAUGCGUGUAGCAUAUAUGGCAAUGGACUCAGACUCAACGGAUGAUAAGAUUGUACUGAACCGUAUUGUCAGCUUGAAGGAGGAUUCUGGAAAAUAG